AUGACUCCUGCACCCACAACCGCAGAGACCGUCGCCUACUUAAAGUCGCUGCCCGCCGUCCGCGAAAGAGCCGAGCUCGUCUACGCCAAGGCCCAAGGUCGCCAGCUCAAGCACUUUGACGUCGACUUUUCAAAACUCGGCGAUGUCGCCAAAUUCGUCGUCUCAUUGAUUAAGCGCGACUAUGACGCCAAGGAUAUCCCAAACAUCCCACCUCACACCCGUCUCCGCCAUUUCGACGUUGGCCAAAAGGACCGCAUCCAACAGUUGUGCGAGAGCUGGAAGGGCCGUAUCGAUAACCUCGAGACCGUCCGUCGACUUGUCGAUCUGAUUGUCGUCUCUGUCCUCCUUGAUGCCGGUGCUGGAGACAGAUGGACGUUCGAGGUUAAGCCAGAUAACAUCCAGAAGGUUGCUCGAUCUUACUCUCGGUCGGAAGGUCUUGCUCUGGCCUCGCUCGCCAUGUUCAAGGAGGGUCGCUUCUCUGGCGAUAUCCAUCGCGCUCAUCAAGUCGAUGCCGAUGGACUCUGCAGCUUGACACUCGAGAGCCUCAGGGAAGGAUUCCAGGUUGACGAGCAGAAGAACCCUCUGCUCGGUCUCGAAGGUCGAUGGGAGCUACUCCGUCGACUCGGCAAGGCCCUCAAGCUUCAUCCUGAAUACUUUGCCAGCUCCGAGAACGCCCCUCUUCGUCCUGGAAACAUGGUUGAUUACUUGUUCAAGGAGGGAUCGGACAGACCACGCCGCAAGGACAAGUAUGUGGUUCGCACGGAGUCGUUGUUCAAGGUUGUGAUUGACGGGUUCGCAGAGAUCUGGCCACCAUCGCGUACAACUGUCGGAGAUGUUUCCUUAGGCGAUGUUUGGCCCUGCGAUGCCCUCAAGACGUCGUCGACCCCAGCGGACUCGACUGACCACUUUGUGGUCUUCCACAAGCUGUCGCAGUGGAUGACCUAUUCGAUCAUGGAACCCCUCGAGACCAUGCUCAACAUUGAGUGGGAACAUGCUAACCUCCUCACCGGACUCCCCGAGUAUCGCAAUGGUGGACUGUUGAUUGAUUUGGGAUUCAUGACACUGAAGCCCAAGGAGGAGGAGCGCGGCUUGGUCAACUACAAGCACAAUGCUCUCAAGCCAGGUCAACCCGCAGUCGAGGUCGUGCCGACAUUUGAGCCCAGCGAUCCCGUCAUCAUCGAGUGGCGCGCCAUGACCGUCGCCGCACUCGAUCGGAUUGCCGUCGAAGUCCGCAAGCAGCUCAACUUGCCCAACCUCACCCUUGCCCAAGUCCUCCAAGGCGGCACCUGGAACGCUGGGCGAGAGAUUGCUUCGGUAUCACGACCCAACACCAAGGGACCACCUAUCGCCAUCUUGAGCGACGGCACCUUGUUCUAA